CUUGUGCUUGCCGCAACAUUUGUGAGCAUUUAGAAAUGGAUCAAAACCUCCACAAAAUGUUCUUGGUGGCCUUGUUUUGCUUCUUGCUCCUAAGUCCUCCUGCAUCCUGUCAACUAGAUUAUAGGUACUAUGAUUUCACUUGUCCCAACCUGACAAAUAUUGUUCGAUAUGGUGUCCGGUCAGCCAUUGCAAAUGAUACGAGGAUGGCUGCCUCUCUCUUGCGGCUUCACUUCCACGAUUGUUUUGUUAACGGAUGUGAUGGGUCAGUAUUACUUGAUGAUACGGACACAUUUAAGGGGGAGAAAAAUGCAUUACCUAAUCGAAAUUCAGCUAGAGGUUAUGAGGUCAUUGACAUGAUUAAGGCUAAUUUGGAGAAAGCUUGCCCAUCCACUGUUUCCUGUACUGAUAUACUAACUCUUGCAGCAAGAGAAGCUGUUUAUCUUCUGGCUGGUCCGCAAUAUUAUUGGGCUCUUCCCUUGGGUCGCCGGGAUGGCACAACAGCAAGUGAGAAUGCAGCUAACGAGCAAUUGCCAGGUCCUUUUGAGCCGUUGAAAAACAUCACUGCAAAAUUUACUUCAAAGGGGCUUGAUAUAAAGGAUGUAGUCGUGCUAUCAGGUGCGCACACAAUUGGGUUUGCUCAAUGCUUUACAUUCAAGCCAAGGCUCUUCAACUAUGCUAAUGGUAAACCUGAUCCAACACUGGAUGCGUCCCUCCGACAAAACUUGCAGAGCACAUGCCCAGACCAGGCUGAUUCUGACACCAAAUUGGCUCCCUUGGAUCCAGUCACUUCCGACAAAUUUGAUAACAUCUAUUUCAGAAACCUCGUCAACAAUUCUGGCCUACUUCAGUCAGACCAAGCUCUUAUGGGGGACAACACGACUGCUUCGAUGGUCAUUAACUAUAGCAGGUUGCCUCUACUUUUCUCCAUGGAUUUUGGGGGAUCAAUGGUGAAGCUGGCCAACGUAGGUGUUCUUACAGGAAAAAGUGGAGAGAUUAGGAAGAACUGUAGGGUGGUGAACUAGAUGAUCGUCAAAAGUGUUAAUUAAAAGGCUGUAACCAGCAAUUAAGAAUGAAAUGCAGGUUUCUAAGCC